AACCGGCCAUUUCUCGAGCCAGAGAGCACAUCUGCCUUUGUUCUGAGGGCGGCAGGGUGAACGCUCCCUAACCAGUGUUCUCGCGUGCUGGGGCCUAGAGCCGAUGGCAGACAAUGUCAACAACUAACAACAUAGCCCAGGCCCGCAAGCUGGUGGAGCAGCUCCGCAUCGAGGCCGGCAUCGAGAGGAUCAAGGUCUCCAAAGCAUCCUCCGAGCUAAUGAAUUACUGCGAGCAACAUGCCAGGAACGACCCGCUGCUGGUUGGAGUGCCCGCCUCGGAGAAUCCCUUUAAGGACAAAAAGCCUUGUAUCAUCCUAUAGCUUCCCCCGCUCGGGCGCGUGCGAUCUCUCCGGCAGGGCACCGCCGUUCCGUACCGACUGAAACCAAGCCACAAACCUAAAACCGCGCCGAGGGGUAAACACUAACGUCGGCUUCACGUAGAACUUCAAUCUCAAACAAUUGCGAGUGCUUUAGAGACGGGUGCCUGCUCCUUGGGCAGGUGCCGCACUGGGAGGGGUCGAAAUUAAAAAAAAAAAAAAAAAA